AAUUAAUCGCGGAUCGUUCCGGCGACCUUCUGUCAAGAUUAAUCGGCCCCGCUGACUCUGACUGACGCGCCUCACAAAGACGGAAGUACGUAGAAGUGCAUCCUCUCGCUUCCACAGACUAACACAGCCAGUUGAAAUCACCUGCUGCCAAGAUGAUGGACUUUGAUAAUAUUUUGGACAUCGCCUCGCAAAACCAGGGUGUGGGCAGCGUGAGUAAACCGCAGAAGAGAUACAGUUUACAAGCUGGACCACCUAAAAAGGACCCGAGGUCGAAGGGCGUCAAUCCUGCUGCUAUUCAGGCUCUUCUGAAGAAGCAACACCAAGAGAACAAGAAGAAAGAAAUUCAACAAAAGAAACAGAAGGAGGUUCUACUCGCCAAGAGGGUGGAGUUGAAGUCUGACCGGAAAGCGCGAGCCAUGGCAUCCAGAACUAAGGACAAUUUCAGAGGCUACAAUGGCAUCCCAGUCGUAGAACUUCCUAAGAAGAGGAGGACAAAACAAGAAAUGGCAGAGGAAAGAUUUAGGAAUAACUCACUUGACCCGGAGGAUGAUGAGGAUAAUUAUGAGUAUGAGCAGACAGAUUCUGAGCCGGAUCAGGAGCCAGAGCCGCCACGACCAGGGAAAACCACAGGUGUUGGUGGCAGCAGUAGCAGCAAACCCCCCUCUAAAAAAUCCAGUGGGCCGCCCAAGCCCCCUCCAGCUGGCUUUAACUAUGCAGACUUGCUUAAAUUGGCAGAGAAGAAGCAAUUUGAGCCAGUUGAGCUAAAAGCCAAGACAGUGAAAAAGGAUGAAAGGCUCCGCACAGCUGAUGAGAUGAGGGAGCUGGAGAUGGAGCGCAGGGCUAAGAGACCAGACAGAGACCGAGACUCAAAGACAGAAAGGGAAAGAGACAGCAAGCUCCAGUCUAGCUCUAGUUCAAUAAGAAAAGGCACCACAGAGAGAGAGCAGAAGAACUCGAAGCCCAGCGGGUUGGGAAAGAAGUCGCACCAAACAUCGUCUAGCGAUAAAAGCCACUCUUCUUCAAAACCAACUGUUGCUAACAGAGAACGAGAUGGACCGAAGAUGUCUCACAAUGAUAGAGACAGAUCCAAGACGGGCUACUCUACUUCAUCCAGUGCCACAAACACUAAAGUUCCUUCGAAAGCCACAUCUUCUCAGGUUUCAGCCAAACAAUCAUCCUGCCACAAAGCCAGCACCUCAAGUGACCUUAGCAGUAAAAAAGAGAGUUCAUCAUCAUUUCAAGGAAGAGCUUCAGGUAUUCCAGGGACCAGGCCUCCUGGUGCAGCUGUAACAGGCCAAAAAUCUCAACAGAACAGGUCCAGUCAGGGUGGCCCGUCUAAGCAGGGACCUACAGUUGGAGGCCAAAAGUCUAUGAAGGGAGAACCCGCGAGGCCUGGAAUAAAUUCUGCUGUAAGAUCGAGUGGUAAUUCAGCGACGAGACCUUCGGCAGGUGGCCCUCUUAAGACCGCGAGCCAACUUCAGGGCAGGCCUGGAGGCCAACCCCAGGCCAGGCCUGGAGGCCAACCCCAGGCCAGACCUGGAGGCCAACCCCAGGCCAGACCUGGAGGUCCACCCCAGGCCAGACCUGGAGGUCCACCCCAGGCAAGAGCUGGUGGUGUCCCACAGAACAGACCUGCUGGAAGGGGCAUGCAGGGUCACCCUGGAGGUAGUGGGUCCCGUCCCCCAGGGAUUGGACCUGGUCGGCCUGGCAUUGGAGGACCAGUACCGGGACGAUCGUCUGGCACUGUUGGAUCAGGGCCUGGUAGACCAAAGUGCACCGUGGUCUCAGAGACAAUCUCAUCCAAGAAUUUCGGUGGACCCAGACCGGGAGUCCCUCCUCGACCUGGGAUGCCUCAGAGACCUGGGAUGCCUCAGAGACCCGGGAUGCCAAUCAGACCAGGAAUGCCUCCCAGACCAGGAAUGAACAGACCCCCAGGUACAAUGCUGCCACCCAUCACCUCUGCAUACAAGAGAAAAUAUGAGGACGAGGAAGACGAGUAUGACUCAGAAAUGGAUGACUUUAUUGACGAUGGGGGUGAAGAGCAAGAUGAAAUUUCCCAGCACAUUAAGGAAAUCUUCGGUUAUGAUCGAAACAAAUACAAGGACGAGAGCGACUAUGCGCUUAAAUUCAUGGAGAGUAGUUGGAGAGAUUUGCAGAAAGAGGAGGCCAGGAGCCUGAAAAUGGCUGUCCAGGAAGAUCUGGAGGAACAGAGAAAAGAGGAAGAGGAGCUAAAAAGGAGUAUCAAGAGGAGAAAAAAGAACUGACGCUGCUUUGCCGAUGAACUGAAUUUUUUUUUUUUUUUAAAAAAAAGGAAACACUGACAUGACAGGAGUGUGUGUCUGCGUACACAGAAGGGCAGUGACUGUGUCCACCUCGGCCUUCGUUGCUUUCUCUCUGCUUCUCCCGUUGUGAUUGGACAAGAACUGAGUGGAUCGACACAUGUCAUUGGCUCAAGAGGAAAAUAAUAAAAAAAAAAAAAAAAGGCAAAGACGAAAUAUGCA